AUGGAGGAAGACAAUCAUGUUCCUGAGGACCUCUCCGUGGCGGAGAGGGAUGAGCUGUCCAACAUCCGACGGAGGAAGAGAGAGCUGCUCGAUGAUAUUGAGAGGCUGAAGUUUGAGAUAGCAGAGGUCAUGACUGAGAUUGAGCAGCUCACAUGUGUUGGGGAAAGUAAAACGUCCCAGAGAAACAAACAGAUUGCCAUGGGCAGGAAGAAGUUCAACAUGGAUCCCAAAAAGGGCAUCCAGUUCCUGCUGGAGAACGAUCUUCUCCAGCACACUCCCGAAGACAUCGCCCAGUUCCUUUACAAAGGAGAGGGGCUCAACAAAACUGUCAUAGGAGACUACUUAGGAGAGCGGGAUGACUUCAACAUCAAGGUUCUUCAGGCGUUCGUGGAGCUGCAUGAGUUUGCAGACCUGAACCUCGUCCAAGCGCUGAGGCAGUUCCUCUGGAGCUUCCGGCUGCCGGGUGAAGCCCAGAAGAUCGACCGUAUGAUGGAGGCCUUUGCCUCGCGCUACUGCCAGUGCAACCCCGGAGUCUUCCAGUCCACAGAUACCUGCUACGUGCUGUCGUUUGCCAUCAUCAUGCUGAACACCAGUCUGCACAACCCCAACGUCCGGGACAAGCCCCCCGUGGAGCGCUUCAUCUCCAUGAACAGGGGGAUCAACGAAGGAGGGGACCUGCCGGAGGAGCUUCUCAGGAACCUGUACGACAGCAUCAAAAACGAGCCUUUCAAAAUCCCAGAGGAUGACGGGAACGACCUGACGCACACGUUCUUCAACCCGGACCGGGAGGGCUGGCUCCUAAAGCUCGGUGGCCGAGUGAAGACGUGGAAGAGAAGGUGGUUCAUCCUGACCGACAACUGCCUCUACUACUUUGAGUACACAACAGACAAAGAGCCUCGUGGGAUCAUCCCUCUGGAAAACCUCAGCAUCAGAGAGGUGGACGAGCCCAGAAAGCCGAACUGUUUCGAGCUCUACAAUCCCAACCACAAAGGUCAGCUUAUCAAGGCCUGCAAGACCGAGGCGGACGGGAGGGUCGUCGAGGGCAACCACGUGGUGUACAGGAUAUCGGCCCCGACCCCGGAGGAGAAGGAGGAGUGGAUCAAAUCCAUCAAAGCGAGCAUCAGCAGGGAUCCUUUCUACGACAUGCUGGCCACCAGGAAGAGGAGGAUAGCCAAUAAGAAAUGA